CAUUUAUUGUUGAUGUAACAAUUCCAUGUCACCCGAACUUCACACGGUCUUUACCUGAGCUUCGCACGAGCUUUACACGAGCUUUACACGAGCUUUACACUCACAAUGCCUGACAUCUUGCAGACUACUGACCACUACAAACACAGCAGAAAGUGGACUCUAUCAGGGAGAUGGGGCGAGGAAUGUAUGGCAUGUCUGGUGUUCUUGUUGGACGGCCACCGGACUCCCGUGUCAAAGAAAAAAUCUCUUCUAAGCGAGAUACACCAUCUUCUAAGGACUUCGGAUGAAUUGAAAGUAAUGCUACACGACUGUGACUUGUCUAGAAGCCUCAGCAAGAUCUUGAUUUCAGCUUUAGCGCACACUCAAGAUGAUAUCGGUAUCGAGAGUUUGCUACUGUUAGAGAAGCACAUACCUUGCACGGUACACUCUCACUCUAUCAAUAUUCUGGAGGAAGUGAGCAGGAGGUUCUACGAGCAGUCUAACAACCCCAAAGUUGCUGGCCUCCUCGCUAGAACUCUAUCUCAACUCAUAACUGCAAAUUUGGAGUUACGGAACGAGGUGAUAAGAAACAAGCUAGUGGACAACAUGUGCGACUCUCUGAGACCCUCCGGAGAGCUGAUCCAGAAUGUUAUCCUCACAUUCCUCCUUCACUUCAACUCUUACUCCCCUUUACAUCAGGUUAUAUCGGAGUUGCGACUAGUGAAGUUGAUCCACAACACCAUCAAACUCCUGUCCUCCACAACUACUGUUGCUCAAUCAAUGUUUCUAAUACACAGUUUACUGUCUCAUGAAACCUUCGCCAACAAGCACAAAGCCGCUAUUAUCAGUCAAGGUAAACUGUUACAAGGAAUAAAACACGCACUGGCCUACACUAAGUCAAGUGAAGUUAUUUCCUCCGCUUUAUCUUUACUGAAACUCCUGGACACUCCCCAGCUUAUUACUCAGCACAACCUACUGGACUACAUUCUGGAGUGUUUAUCCAGCGAGGAUGAGAGUGUGUGUACUAGUGCUCUGGAUCUCUGUAUCUCUUCUCAACACAGCAGCAAGUCCAGUGUCAUGUACAUAUCAGACUCUCUUAUCAGUCUUAUUGAUAGGGAGAAGAAGAGAAUGAGGGGUGACAUUAUAGAACGUUGUCUUAUCUUCUUGAUUAAACUACCCGAGAUUAGAGUACCAGAUAACUUCCAUACUAUCGUUAUCAGUGUCAUAGAAUGGGGUGACGAGACACUUGUGUCUCUUAUCUCUCUUAUCAUUGAUAAGUUCAAUGUUAACUGUUCUCCUGUCCAGGCGAUGAAACUGCUGGUGGAGUUGGUGAAAUGGUUGGGAAACAAUCUGUCUCAACGUAGUCGGAGACUCCCCACUCACGUCUGGACACCUAACACUACUGGACAUUGCAGAGAGGGGGAACAGGUUGUGUCGGUGCUGUUACGAGGCGUGGAGUACCUUGUUAAGAUACUACUCGACCAACUGGAACAACUCCACCCGUCCGUUCUCAAGGAUAUCGUAGUGCUGGUUGAUGAACACUGCAUACCACCAGUUUUCAGUUUGGACACAUCAGAGUUGUGUCCACAUGUCUACAAGCAUCUCUUCUCAACUGUCACUCUCGUACUAAAGUCCUGUUAUCAAGUAUUUGGUGAGAAGCUUCUAGAUGGAACCUCUCAGAACUUUGCGAGCUUGUUCGCGGCUAAGAUAUUCAAAGUAUCAAAAGAAGCGUACAUACUGCGCAGUACACUGUGCAGCGCCUUCAAGCACCCUGAUGUCCUCUCCUCACUGCACAACUUCAUCAUAACCACCACCACUAUCUCUCUCUCCCUGAUUAUACCUUACUCCGACCCUGCCUUCCCUCAGACCCUUGUCACUGGACUGGAAGUGUUGCCUUACACAGAGCUAGAGUUGGCACUGCAGGACUCACUCCGCAGCGCAGAGCGGCCUUCCUAUCAUACUGACCUGGGGAAACAGUCCAGUUUCUGUGCUAAUGUCACGUGUUUAGCUUUAAUCCUCGUUAAAACCUCUCAGAUGCAGCACUCUGACUUACCUGGUGGAACCUCGGAACCUUCAACAAUACAUCACAAGAGAAGAGAACAAUUACAAAGUCAAUCACUCAGCUCACUGACCCAAAUAAUAAACUUAUACGGAACACACCGACUUCUUCCCCCCUUCUUCUUCUCGGUAGUCCUGAAACUAUGCUCCUUGCUAGGAGUGACCCAGACACAAGGUCUCAAGUUAUCGCUAGACACCCAGGACCAUUUGGGGAAUGUUGAUUACCAGAGGUUAGAUCUUCAGAUGGUGCUAUUUGUUUUGUCACUGGAGAAUGUUAGUGAGGGUGUGGUUAGAAAAUGUGCUCUGAUUUUAGUGUGUCACAUGAAAGAGAAGAAGAGUGUACCGAACUUUGGUCCAAAUAUUUGUGCGAAGAUAUUGAAGAUUCUGAGUGAAGAUGGGAAAAUCAAAGAGAGUUUGAGUGUAAUAGAACAACUGAUAACGAACUGUACUGAUAAGAAAGUCCUCGGUGGAAUAGUCACUGAACUGAACAGUACCGUCAUGCUGGACGUCCUGAAAUACAAAGAUUCUUUAACAAUCCUAACUACCAUAGCAACCUGUAACAACGUGCCAGCUAACACUAGAACUCUGCUCGCUGUUCUACAAUGUGUGCUGUGUGACUCAGGGAACACGGGAGUUUCUCUUCAGUACCUCUACGUUCAGUACGUGGUAAACCCCGCUCAAAUGUCUGAUCUCAUGGUCAAUAGGUUUGAUGUUAUUGCGUGUUUGUGUUCUCAGAUCAAGUUCUCCUCAGCGCAUUUGAAUGAGGCGCUUCUGUUGCUGUUGGAGCAUCUGUCUCAUUAUCCUGGUUGUGAGGGUAUUGUAGUAGAUCUGGUAAAUAUAGUGGAGAUUAUUGAGCACAGCACAUCAACAUUGACUCUGACACUGUUGUGGAAGCUGGUGAGGUGCAGGAGUGAGCUCCAGAGCAGUGCUGGGUUAAAAUACUUAGCGCUGCGCUCCUUGUUGGAGCCUGAUUAUAGUGCUAGUGUUUCUGCUGCAGCCUUUAUUCGGUCCUCAGAUUUCAGUGCUUUACCGUGGGUGAGUAUAGCGUUACAGACGUCCUUGUUAUUGGACGAUAUACCUGGGGGAGUUGUGUGGUUGUUAGCUCACUUGGAGACAAAACAGCUGAGGCUUACUGUACAAAGUAGGAUAAAACAUCUGCUCAACUCUUUGGAAUGUCAGUUUCAGUCCGAACAGCAGGCUGUUAUCAUGAAACUUUUGACUCGACUAUUUGAAAUAUUUCCCGAAUUUGCCUCCGCAGUUAUCGACAAAUGCAUUCCAAAAGAUGAUAUAGAUUCUGUUUCUUGGCACAGACUCGGGACACUCUCGUAUCACCAGUCUGCUUUGAGUGUCUUUGGUACGACACAAACUGCUGAGAUGAGAGAAUCUUACUCUAAAAUAUUGGGAUAUGUUCGAUCAAGUAGUUGAUACUGUAUUAUAUAAUUAUUGAUUGUUAUUUCAUUAAUUUUUCUAAAUUUGCGACUGUUUGACUCGAAUAUAUUGUGUCAUGCAUGUUAUAAGAAUGAUCAUGAUGGUACAUAUGAACUCAAUUUUGUAAAUUGACGUAUUUUCUGAUACUGUAAUUUAUUAUCAUAGUGUUUAUAAUUUCAAUACUGUAAUGUUCUAAUUAAAGUUUAUAAUUUACCCAGUGUCGAGAAGUUUGUCAUUGAAAUGGUUUAUAUUGUUAAUAAACUUGAUG